UAACAGGCCAAAGAGAGGACUCGUGAUACCACACUACAGUGGUAUUCGUUGCUGUGGUUGGUCAGCACUCAUUAUCACUUCUUGGCAUUGCGAAAGUUUGAAUAAAUAAAAUGUUCUUUUUAAAUCAGUGGUUUAUGGUGACAUUAAGCUCAUGUUACACUUAUUCACUGCAUCCGAUGGGGAAGUUGCAAGUCGCUCAUUGGUUGCUUGAGUCUGAAGGUAAAACUGUGAGUCACCUUUGACCUCUGCACGACAGAAAGGUAACAGAAAAAGAUUUGAGCUUGUCAAGAUGGUUCACGUCUCGCCUUGCAAAGCCCUGGUUCAGAUGAACGUACAUGUUUCAUUAGCUGAAGAAGUGUGGGAGAAACGAUUGUGAAAAUAAGGAGAGGGACCUGCAGGCUGCCUGCAGACCUCCAUCCUUCAUGAGCACUUUACAGAAAAUAAUGUGAUCCCAGAAGGUCUUCUGUCGUUUAUCCCCCCGUGAAGUGAUGCACGGAUUUACAACAUUAAUAAGAGUAACACACUCAUUUAUCAAAAUGUACACUUUAAAAGGCUGAAUACAACAUCUCUCCAUCUCAUAUAUACAGAUUUUACCUUUAUUGUAUGUGCUAUUGAAAUAGAAAUAAGUUGCAAACAAUUUAUGAUAAACACUAUGUAAACAAUGUGAAUAUAGGUAAUAGAUAGAUGGAUGGAUAGAUAACUGUAGAUACAGAUAUCUAUCUAUAUCUAUAUAUACAUGAUAUUUCUCUCAAUCUCGAGGUUUUGUCUUAAACUGGAUGAAAUUUAACAAACGCGGAAGUAAAGAGUACGGAACACUCUUGCUUCCCUCCACGUUCCUCUGGUACGCGCCCGUGCGUCAUCCCGUCCCGUGCCCUCGCCUCCCCGCCCCUCUCGCUCCGGUCGGACUCUCACACCCUCAUGGCUCCGUGAAAGGACACAUGGCGGCGCUCAGCCAUGAUCCAACAACAACCCACCACAGACUGACGAUGCUCAAAUAACGGCCUCGGUUCUUUUCUUUUGGAAAAUAUCCCCACUCCUGCGGCAUCCUCAGCAGCAGCCAGCCGCCUGUCAGUGCCUGUCAGCGGCCGAGGCACCGCCGCCUGCACCGGCUUCAUUUUACUGCUCGUUCUGGUUUUUACACUUUCCGUUUCCGCCGCAGCUCAGCUCAUCAUGGGUGUCCACGGCUUCCUCGAGUACAUAGAAAAGCACUGCCCCAGCGCCGUGGUGCCGGUGGAGCUCCAGAAGCUGGCCCGGGGGAGUAUGGUCGGAGGUGGCCGGCAGAGACCCCCUCAGAGCCCGCUGCGACUGCUGGUGGACGCCGAGAACUGCCUCCACCGGCUCUACGGAGGCUUCUACACCGACUGGGUGAGCGGGGGCCAGUGGAACCACAUGCUGGGCUACCUGGCCGCCCUCUCCAAGGCCUGCUUCAGCGGCAACAUUGAGCUCCUGGUGUGCUUCAAUGGCGCCCUGGAGAAAGGCCGCCUUCACGAGUGGGUCAAGCGGCAGGUGAACGAGAGGCAGACCGCCCAGCAGAUCAUCAGCCACGUCCAGAACAAGGGCACCCCUCCGCCCAAAGUCUGGUUCCUCCCUCCCGUGUGCAUGGCCCACUGCAUCCGACUGGCGCUCCUCAGGUUCCGCGUCGGAGUUGUCCAGAGCAUCGAGGACCACCACCUGGAAGUGAUAACCUUAUGCAAGGAGAACGGCUUCCACGGCCUGGUGGCCCACGACUCCGACUACGCCCUGUGCAACGUCCCGCACUACUUCAGCGCCCACGCCCUCAAGCUGAGCCGCAACGGAAAAAGCCUCACGACCAGCCAGUACCUGAUGCACGAAGUGGCGCGGCAGCUCGAGCUCAACCCGAGUCAUUUUGUCAUUUUCGCAUCACUCUUAGGAAACCACAUACUGCCUGAUGAAGACUUGGCUGCCUUUCACUGGAGCUUACUUGGUCCAGAGCAUCCAUUAGCAUCUUUGAAGGUUGUCCAGAGCAUCGAGGACCACCACCUGGAAGUGAUAACCUUAUGCAAGGAGAACGGCUUCCACGGCCUGGUGGCCCACGACUCCGACUACGCCCUGUGCAACGUCCCGCACUACUUCAGCGCCCACGCCCUCAAGCUGAGCCGCAACGGAAAAAGCCUCACGACCAGCCAGUACCUGAUGCACGAAGUGGCGCGGCAGCUCGAGCUCAACCCGAGUCAUUUUGUCAUUUUCGCAUCACUCUUAGGAAACCACAUACUGCCUGAUGAAGACUUGGCUGCCUUUCACUGGAGCUUACUUGGUCCAGAGCAUCCAUUAGCAUCUUUGAAGGUGCGUGCCCACCAGCUUGUGCUCCCACCCUGUGAUGUUGUAAUCAAGGCCGUGGCCGACUACGUCCGCAGUAUCCCGGACAUCACCGACCUGGAGGCCAUCGCUAAAGACAUCUUCAAACUUUCACAGUCAUGCACUGAUGACAAAGUCAUCCGCUUCAAGAAGGCAGUGGAGUACUACUCAAUGGCCAGCAAAGCACCUCACUUCCCUCCACAGUUUGUCAGACCAAAACUCAUGGGAGUGCCUGCUGCAGUGCCAUCUCCAAAAAUGCUCAACAUUCCACAGGCGCCGCUGCCUGUAAAACCUGGGGUCCAGCACUCGUACCCGGAGCCUCUGGUGGAGCGCAGCCUGGCUCUGGACACGUUGAACAAAGGCCUCCCAGAACAGAACAGCUUCAGCCACAUUCCUCCUGAAGGGAAGCACACACCACUGUAUGAGAGGUCUUCUCCCAUCACCCGGGGCCAGGCCGGUAGCCCCAACCACACAGAGGCUGCUUUCUUUAAUGCCUCCUCCACUUCCUCCUCCUCGGAGAACGAUGAGAGCUCAGGCUCAACUGCCAAUCAUGUAAGUGACCAUAAGGGAGGUUGGGAGAAGAAUGGACAUCCUCCUCACUCUGAGAACACACAAGACGGACAACAGGGAGACCAAACAAAGACUGACCUCUGUGUGACCUCUGCUGUGAGCCCCGGGUUGCAGGCUGCAGGUCUCCACAGCCUGAAUGCCCAGAUCCCCUCUCUGCUCUCCAUGCCCACUAGGAACCACAUGGAUAUAACCAUCCCACCUCUCCCUGAUGUGGCCCCCGAGGUUCUGAGGGUGGCCGAGCACAGACACAAGAAGGGCCUGAUGUUCCCUUACAUCUACCAUGUUCUCACCAAGGGAGAGAUUAAGCUUUCUGUCACCAUUGAAGAUGAAGCUAACAAAGACCUGCCUACGGCAGUGCAGCUGUUUCGUCCUGUUCGUCAAUAUGUUUACGGGGUGCUCUUCAGCCUGGCAGAGACCAGGAAGAAGGCAGAGAGACUCGCCAUGAGGAGUAACUGCCUCCCUGAAUAUACACAUGUCAUGGUCAAAGAGUGGGCUGCCUACAAGGGCAAGUCUCCCCACACUCCAGAGCUGGUGGAGGCACUGCCCUUCAGGGAGUGGACCUGUCCCAACCUGAAGAAGCUGUGGUUGGGGAAGGCCGUGGAGGACAAGAACCGCAGGAUGAGAGCGUUCCUGGCCUGCUUCCGCUCUGACACUCCAGCUAUGCUAAACCCUGCCAACAUCCCCACACCCCUCCUGGUGCUCUGUUGUGUGUUACGGUUUAUGUUACAUUGGCCAGGAGUAAGAAUUUUGCGUCGUAACGAACUUGACGCUUUCCUAGCCCAAGCACUUUCUCCUAAACUUUAUGAGCCUGACCAGCUGCAGGAACUGAAGAUCGACCACCUGGACCCUCGAGGAGUCCAGCUGGCCGCUCUGUUCUUGAGCGGGGUGGAAAUGGCUCUGUUUGCCAACGACGCGUGCGGACAGCCUAUUCCCUGGGAGCACUGCUGUCCGUGGAUGUACUUUGACGGCAAACUGCUGCAGAGUAAACUCAUCAGGGCCAACAGGGAGAAGGCCCAGCUCAUUGACCUCUGUGAUGGUCAGUCUGAGCUGGUUUCCAAGGUGGAGAGGAUGCGUCAGAGUAUCUUGGAAGGUCUCAGCUUCACUUGUCCACCUCACCCUCCUGUCUUCCCCCCGCCGCCACCUCCAAAUCCUCACGGGAUGCCUUUCUACGCCCCCAGCGGUUCCUUCUACCCCCCACCCGCUGUGAUGCCUCCUCAGGGGAGAGGUAGGGGGAUGCCUGGCCUUCAAGGAAUCUCGUCUCAGGGUGGGAAGCUGGAGAUCGCUGGCACCGUUGUGGGUCAAUGGGCCGGAAGUCGACGCAACAGAGGAAGGGGAGGCUUCCCUAUCCAGGUGGUGUCUGUGGGGGGAGCAAACAGAGGUCGUCUGCGAGGUGUGAUUUCUACACCUGUUAUAAGGGCAUUUGGUCGAGGAGGCAGGUACCACACUCAAGCCUUACAGAGUCAUGGAGUGUACCUGAAUAAGUCUGCUUAUAAGCCGCCUCAUACAUCCGGACACGAUGAAGUGAAGGAGAAGAAGGAUCCCAAGCCGGAGGAGAAGGCAUCCUCCCCUGCACCGUGCGACGGCUCAGCCACGGAGAACGGUACAGACAAAGAGGAGCAGCUGAAUGGAGAUAAAGAGGAAUGCAGGGCUCUCAUCGUCGAAAGUGCCUUUAGCAAUGACUCCAAGACGUGCAAUACUAAUCCUCACUUAAAUGCACUAAAUGUAGAUGGAGGCUGCCAUAGAGAGGAGGGUCUAGAGGCCGCCGUCUCAAAAAGAGAAGUGUAAGCCUAUUUUUCUAGAGAGGGUGAUGGAUGAAAGAUGGAGCAGCGUUAGGAAUACCUGAGAAUUUGAAAAGCCUACAGUCAAAUGUACAUGUUUCUUCUCAAAGAACAGAGAUGAAUUUCAGAUCCCUCUCAGUAAACACUCAAUAUACGACACACUGCGAGGUGGAGUCCCUGGUGACAUCCCAGCGUCACCAUCGUUUCUACAUAUUAAUGAGAAUUACACUUUUUCUUUUCUUUAGAAUACUAAAAGCUUUAAGAAGCUUUGAUUUGGGAAUAUUUUAGUUCUUAUAGGUUGAUAAUCUUCCAGUACUUGGCACCAUGUACUCGUGACAGUACGGGUUAAUCAAUUUUGUGUUGUCAUGAUAACUGCACGUUGAAAACUACACAUAGAAACAGAAAAGCAAAAUGCAACAUGUCCACCUUUGGUCAACCACUUUUGGGUUUGAUUCACACCGAAGCAGCGGCUCUGUGCAGUUUCUGUCACUCAGCUGCAGCGUUUCCACAACCGGCUCAAAAUUCAGAAGCAAAAGAUCUGGUCACACCCUGACAGAUGUCCUCACACGUGGAGCUGUAGCAGCACCGCUUCAACACAAACCUUCUGCAUGGGUCACACUUCAAAGAGGUGUGUAGUUAUUAUGCAUGUCGUCCUUUUUCUUCCAUCUUUACAAGCACCGUGCCCAUUUGGAAAUUGAAGAAACAACUAAUACCACUGGUAUCCCAUAAACGAUGUUAACUGUUAGUAACACAUUUUUUCUGACCUUGUUUUUUUCCCUUUGAUAUUGACCUCUGUUGCAUUUAGUUAAAAAAAAAAAAAACAAUAUGUUAUGUAGCUACUUUGAACUAGUGUAUUCAUACUGUAUUGUUCUCUGUUGCUGUUCUGCAUUAGUCAAAUAACUAAGAAAAUAUGAAUUCAUUGCUUGGAUCAAAAUCAACCCUUUUGUAGCUCAAAGCAACGUCCUCAACCUUCUAAUGAAAACUUCAGCCAUCAGCCAGUAAUUGACUUUAGUGUUGUUUUUACCCUCACACCACCUCUACACCAGGAUCAUCAUUUAACAUGUCAACUUAAUUCUCCUUAAGCUUCUCAUUGUUCAUUAGUGAUUAGAGAAAUGGUGUACUGUACCCCUCGCCCCCCCCCAGUCCCUCUGCAAGAGCUAAAUAGGUUACCUUCUAUGUGAGCUGAUCACAGUUUCUUCCUAACUCAUGGAUUGUGAAAGAAUAAACUGCUGUGGGGUUUGAUUGAAUGUUGGAUCGUGGAAAUCGUAUUUGAAGGAAACUUAGCUACAGUGCUUAAUAAAACUAUAUUC